GGCGCCGAGGAGCUGCGGAGGCUGGAGCUGCAGCAGAGCCGGCACCGGGACCUCCUGCUCCUGCCCGAGCUGCGUGACUCCUACGAGAACCUCACCUCCAAGGUGCUGGCCGCCUACACGUGGCUGGAUCAGCACCUGGACUUCCAGUUUGCCCUCAAGGCCGAUGACGACACCUUCGUGCGCUUGGACGUGCUCGUGGAAGAGCUGAGGGCCAAGGAGCCCCGGCGCCUCUACUGGGGCUUCUUUUCUGGCCGCGGUCGGGUGAAAUCUGGUGGCAAAUGGAAAGAGAGCGACUGGGUCCUCUGUGACUACUACCUGCCCUACGCGUUGGGUGGCGGUUACGUUAUUUCUGCAGACCUGGUGCACUACUUGCAUCUCACCCGUGACUACUUGAACACGUGGCAGAGCGAAGAUGUCUCCCUGGGGGUCUGGCUGGCUCCCGUUGACGUGAAGCGAGUGCACGACCCUCGCUUUGACACCGAGUAUAAGUCGCGGGGCUGCAACAAUAAGUACAUAGUAACUCAUAAGCAAAGCAUCGAGGACAUGCUGGAAAAGCACCAGACCCUUGCGAAAGAAGGGAAGCUCUGUAAGGAGGAGGUUAAGCUCAGGCUUUCCUACGUGUAUGACUGGGGAGUGCCUCCCUCACAGUGUUGCCAAAGGAAAGAUGGCAUCCCGUGAACGAUCCAAAAUAG